AUGUCACACCUCACAGGGCUCGACAGCGUGUCCUCACACAUGCCACGGCGGUUCCACUUUGUGAACCAGAGUGAGACGUGGGACGAAGCGCAGGAACACUGCAGGACAGAAUUCACCGACCUGGCCACUGUGGAAAACAUGUCUGACAUGACUACGAUGACCAAUGGCACAGAUGGUUAUGAUAUGGCCUGGAUUGGGUUGAGAAAGGACACUUGGAUGUGGUCACUGCAGAACAAAAAUAUCAGUCUGGAAGAGACCAACUUCACAUCCUGGAGAGAAGCUGGCAAACUGGCCCUGAUCAGAGAGAAUAAGACCUGGAUGGAGGCGUUCAACUACUGUGAAAGUAAUGACAUGGAGCUGGUCUCGGUCACGGAUGAGGAUACCCAGAGCUGGGCCAGGGAGGUGGCCAGGGGGGCCAGCACGGCUCACGUGUGGAUGGGCCUGUACUACAUUUGCCCCCUUGACGUCUGGUUCUGGAUCAGCGGGGUGACGGUGGGCUGCAACCACUGGGCCGCCGGGAACGGCACCGGGACGGGUGAGUGCUGCCGGGCGGGCGCCCUGCAGGCGGGAGGCGGGAAGUGGGUCAGCCGGCCGGAGACUGAGAGACUCAACUUCAUCUGCAGAGCCUUUUAA